UUUCGAAACUUUGUGAAAUUUCGAUAACCUUAAUUUUCUUAAAAAUUCAGGUUCCUGCAGGACUAAGGUACGCCCUGUCCCUGAACUUUCAGGGAGUUCAACUGCCCUGAACCUGAACCUGAGCCAAAUUUCAGGUCAGCAUUUUACCCUGAAACUGUCCUGCAGGGACAGGAUCCUGCAGGUUCAGGACAGGAUCCCUGCCCUGCGCCCAGCUCUAAUUCAUUUGUUUGGCCUGGUGACUCGUCAAAGAUCUUUCAAAUUGUUCUGCUGGUAUAUGAUUUGAAUCAGCUUUGUGCGUUAUGGAAGAAAGAGCUGCACUCUCCAGUUUAUGGCAUCUGUAACUCGCUUGCGCUGGCUGAAAAGCUAGACUGCAGGUCGCAGGACUCAGCAAGAGCUGCUGAGUUUCUUUUAAAGCUUUCGUUUCAUCGUUCUAUCUCCAUUCUUUUCGUAAACCCGCUGUGUUAAAAUGAAUCCAAAUCAAAGACGUGGUCCAACCGGGCUGAGCUCCUACCGGGAUCAGCAGUUUCAGGGAUCUCUGAAAGAACAGGAAGAAAAGCUGAAAACCAGCUCCACUUUGUACAUUGGCAAUCUUUCCUUCUUCACAGCAGAAGACCAGAUCUACCAUUUGUUCUCCAAAGCAGGCGAUGUUAAGCGUGUCGUCAUGGGACUGGACAGGAACACGAAAACCCCCUGUGGUUUCUGCUUUGUCGAGUUUUAUUCACGAGACGAUGCGGAGGAUGCAAUGCGUUUUGUGUCGGGCACUCGCUUAGAUGAGAGAAUCGUGCGGUGUGACUGGGAUGCGGGUUUCGUGGAGGGUCGACAAUACGGCCGUGGACGUCAUGGCGGUCAGGUCCGAGAUGAGUUCCGUGUGGAUUACGACGCCGGCCGCGGUGGCUUCGGGAAGAUGGUACAGAACCGUAUGCUCGGCGGCGAAGGCGGUCCAAAUCAGCCGCGGCGCUUUGAGCGCGGCAAGCGCAAAUGGCAGGAAGUUGAACUGGACGACAAGGGUGAGCCCAUUACGGAUCUGCGACAGAAAAUUCGUAAAAUCCAUCAGCCCAACCAAAACCCAGAAGAGACGACAGCAACGAAUGCUGAAACCGAGCAACCGAAGGAAGGCGAUGAAAGUCAUGAGACCGAGACAGCUGUGAAGACGGAAACAUCUGAAGAGGACGUAGCUACCAGUGCAGAAGCGGAAGUACCACAGACGGAGGAAAGGCAGGAAGAACCGGCAAAGGAUUCACCCGAACUGGUGGAUCAGGAGAUGAACGGAGAACAGACCACGGAAGCGAAGGAUGGAGAGCAGCCGACGGAGGGGGAUGCGGAAAUGGCUGAGGAAGAAAACUGGGAAUGAAAUUGUAGACUUGUUGACAUGUUCUUUCACUUUUGGAUCCUGAUGGAUACCAUAACAUUGUCGUACUACACAGAUAAAAAUCUUGUUAUAACAGAUUCCGGCUACGCUAUUUUAAACGUUGUUUGCAAUUUUUGGAGAUUGAAUUGCGGCAUGGUGGUUUACUUAUGUUAAGUAACAUCUGUCUGGAACUGACUGGGACAUUUACUGCAAAGCGUACAUGGUUUCUAGUUUUGGUAAUUAUGGGAAAAGUGAUAAUAAUAAUUACGAUAAAGUUGUAUGUUAUUCUUGA